AUGACGUCGGUCAAAGUAGCCGUUCGUGUUCGACCGUUUAAUGCACGUGAACGAGCACGUCAAGCCAAAUGCAUAAUUAGCAUGGACCAACAUGAACAAACAACAUUUGUAAGAAAUCCAAUUGAUGAUACAAUGAAACAUUAUAAAUAUGAUUAUUCAUAUUGGUCAUGUGAUGAAAAUGUUAAUAAUCAAAAAUUUGCAAUACAAAAACAAGUUUAUCAAGACUUAGGCAUUGAGAUGUUAGAGCAUGCAUUCGAAGGAUACAAUGUUUGUAUAUUUGCCUAUGGACAAACAGGCGCUGGAAAAUCGUAUACUAUGAUGGGAAAAAAUGAAUCUGAUCAACAAGGUAUUAUUCCACGUCUAUGUGGAGAAUUAUUCGAACGCAUAACAUCAUCAUCAUCAUCUCCGUCAACACUAUCAUCAUCUCAAAGAAAACCACGUUAUACAGUUGAAGUAUCCUACAUGGAAAUCUAUUGUGAACGUGUACGAGAUUUACUUUCACCGAAAAAAAGUCAAUCAACUAAUGUUGGAAGUUCUCAUAACUUACGUGUACGAGAACAUCCUAUCAUGGGACCGUAUGUCGAAGAUUUAUCUCGUUUACUUGUUACAUCCUAUGAUGAUAUCUCACGAUUAAUUGACGAAGGUAAUAAAGCUCGAACAGUAGCUGCUACAAAUAUGAAUGAAACAUCGAGUCGAUCCCACGCUGUUUUUACAGUCUUAUUUUCUCAAUCAACAUACGAUGCAAUGACAGACUUAACAGCUGAAAAACAAUCGAAAAUUUCCUUAGUAGAUUUAGCUGGGAGUGAACGUGCUGAUGCAACUGGUGCAACUGGUGAUCGAUUAAAAGAAGGGGCAAAUAUUAAUAAAUCAUUAACAACACUUGGAAAAGUUAUCGCAGCACUUGCUGAAAUGAGUUCAAAACAUCGUAAACCACGUUCAGAGAAAAAAACCGAUUUUAUUCCAUAUCGAGAUUCAGUAUUAACUUGGUUAUUAAAAGAAAAUCUUGGUGGCAAUUCCAAAACAGCAAUGAUAGCAGCAAUCUCUCCAGCUGAUAUUAACUAUGAAGAAACUUUAUCGACACUUCGAUAUGCUGAUCGUGCAAAAGCAAUUGUUUGUAAAGCUAUUAUUAAUGAAGAUGCUAAUGCUAAACUUAUACGUGAUUUAAAAGAAGAAAUAAUUAAACUACGAGAAUUAUUAAAAAAUGAAGCUGGUAUUGAUAUAUCACCUGAUGGUAUACCCGCGUCAGUUAUAUCUACAACAACGACGGCGGCGACAGUAACUGGUGGUAAACAUCCACGAAUAAAAUCUUCUUCGUCUCAAAGUAGUGAAGAUGCGUUAGAACGUUUAAAAGAAAAUCAAAAACUAAUGGAUUCAUUAUGUAUGUCAUAUGAAGAAAAACUAAAGAAAACCGAGAAAAUUAUGGCAGAACGAGAAGCAGCUUUUCAUGAGUUAGGUGUUUAUUCCAAAAAUGAUGGCAAUGCUGUUGGCAUUUUUUCACCAAAAAAUUCUCCACAUUUGGUCAAUCUCAAUGAAGAUCCAUUAAUGUCUGAAUGUUUAAUGUAUUUUAUUAAAGACGGUAUCACUCGCGUUGGCCGUCCUGAUGCGCCAAUGCAUCAAGACAUUGUUUUGUCAAGCUCCCAUAUUGAACCUGAGCAUUGUAUAGUUACGAAUUCUCAAAAUAUCGUUCAUUUAAAACCAUGCAGUGAAACAGCAAUGUGCUAUGUCAAUGGAAAAAAGGUUGAGUUCGGUACAACAGUUGAUUUAACAUCUGGAUCUCGUGUUAUAUUCGGUAAAUCACAUGUUUUCCGUUUUCUUAAUCCUGAACAAGCACGAAAAAAGAAUACUAAAGCUGAAUCAUCUGGAGAACCCACUGAUUGGAAUAGUGCAAUACAAGAAUUAUUAGAAAAGCAAGGUGUUGAUAUCAAACAUGAAAUGGAGAAAAAACUUUUAACAAUGGAAGAAGCAUUUCGACGAGAAAAAGAAGAAGCUGAUCGACUUUUACGUGAACAAAAACUUGAAUAUGAAUCUAAAAUAGUUGAAUUACAAAAACAAGUUAUGGAAACAUCAAUGAGUCAAUCGAUGCUCUCAUCGAUUUUAACAUCAUCAGGCUUUGUUGAUACGUCAUCAUUUAAACAAAAUCCAUUUCAACCAGAUUAUUAUGAAAAUGAUACCGAUACCCUAAAUGACUGUUCAUGGUCCGAACACGACUAUCAAUUAGCUUGGUGGGCAUGGAAAAAAUGGCGUUAUCAUCAGAUGACAUCAUUACGAGAUCUUCUAUGGGCUAAUAGUGUUUAUUUAAAAGAAGCAAACGCAAUAAGUGUUGAAUUACAUAAACGUGUUCAAUUUCAAUUUGUUCUUUUAACCGAUACACUCUAUUCGCCCUUGCCUACUGAUUUAUGUUUAUCGCCUUCAUCGUCACAGGGUACAAUUGUUGCUGUUGAAGUUCAAGAUUUAAAAAAUGGCGCACGACAUUAUUGGACAUUAGAAAAAUUUCGAUCACGCCUGGAAAUCAUGCGUCAUGUAUACAAUUGCGAACAAACACCAAUACCACAUACAUUAAGUUAUAAUGAUAUGAACGAAUCAUCAUCACAACGUGUUGCUUUGACAUCUGAUACUCAACAUUCAAGUUUCGAUGAUUCGAUUCCAACUCCAACUGUUAAGGGACAAUUUGAUUUUACCUCCAAAGCCAGACAACGAUUAGAAUUAAUGCGUGAAAUGUACACAAAUGCCGCUGAUACUUCACCAACUUCACCUGAUCAAAAUCAUGAAUCGAUCUGUCAAGGUGAUGCAGCAUCAACUUCAAUGCCUAAUGAUCCCUUUUAUGAUCGAUUUCCUUGGUUUCGACCCAUUGGAAGAGCAUUUGUUUAUUUAACAAAUCUAUUGUACGGUAUACCAUUAGUACAAAAUAUUGCUAUUGUAUCCGAGCAUGGUGAAAUAAAAGGUUAUUUAAAAAUAGCUCUACAGCAAUUACAAACAAGAGAUACAGCUGAUGAGCAAAUCAAAUUAAUGAGAACAUAUAGAAAUGCGAGUGGAACGACGAAGCUUGCUUUUGACGAUGAAAUUUAUUUUCAAAGUAUGAAAGGAUCAUCAACUGCUGAAUUCAUCAAUUCAAGUGAUUCUUUGGAUCGAUACUCGCGUCAUGCUCAAAAACAAUUUCAUUAUGGUCAAAAUGACAUUUCACAAAAACAAAAUAUUUCUGAUUCUCCAUCAUCAUUUAAUCUUCCUGAAGAAUCUCAAAUGAUGAUUAAACAUGACGUAUCAUCAAGAGAUUUACUACCACAACUUGGCACUGAAUAUCAAUUUCGUGUAACAGUUUUAGAAGCAUCACAAAUAUCAUCGGACUAUGCUGACAUAUUUUGUCAAUUUAAUUUCUUACAUCAAGAUCAUGAAGUUUACUCAACAGAACCACUUAAAAAUCAAGGCAAACCUGGACCACCAUUAGGCUUUUUUCAUGUACAAAAUUUCAAUGUUGUUGUGACCAAUGCUUUUAUUGAUUAUCUUCAAACCAAACCGAUUGUAUUCGAAGUAAUGGGUCAUUAUCAAGAAUAUUCAGGAUCAGCAAAAAAUAAUUCAACCACAACACAUCGUUUACCACCAACAACUGUAGGUUCAGUGACCUUUUCAAAACCAGUUCCUGCUCAAACACUUAAUCCAACGACAGCUCUUAGUGCAACAAAUCAAGUUCAUGCUACACAUGAUCUUCUUGUUUGGUAUGAAAUCUUUGAAUUAUCACCGACUGGCGAAUAUACUGCUGCAACCGUUGAUCAUUCGGAUGAUGUUCCAUGUUCAGGUCGCUUUAUUCUUCAUCAAGGUAUUCAACGUCGUAUUGGAAUCACUCUUUGCCAUGAAUCAGGUUCUGAUUUGAUUUGGAAAGAUGUUCACGAAGUUGUUGUUGGUCGUAUUCGCGGUCAGCGUGAUUCUGUUUUUGAUGAAUCCGAUGGUCAAGUAUUAUCAUUAAAUAUCAUUUCGGCUCAUUAUAUUCAAAAACAACAUGACGAACGAACAUUUUAUCAUUUUGAAGUUGCAUGGGAUUCAUCUUUACACAAUUCUUUAUUACUUAAUCGUUGUACAUCAAGCGGAAAUUCAGUUUAUCUAACAAUAUCAUCGUAUCUUGAAAUGGAAAAUUCCUUUCAACCAGCUAUAAUAACAAAAGAUCUGUGCCUUGUUUUAUAUCCACGCGGUGGAGAUUCAACGUCACGCAUACGUUCAUCCUUAAAGAAUUUCUUUGCAUCAACCAAUGCCAUAAUAUCAUCGAUUAGUGACUCAGUAAAUGAACACUCAAAUCGUGUAUCAGCUGUUUACGAAUUAAAAUUACGUCGUGCAACACCAAUGAAUAUAAUAGCAUCAGAUCCAUCAGCUAUGAAUCCUGAUAUACAAGGGCGACAACGAAAAGUUGUGGAUACAUCAAAAAUUUAUGUACGCGGCGAAGAAAUGUUAGAAGGUUGGAGACCAAGAAGUGACUCAUUAAUUUUUGAACAUCAACACGAUUUAGAAAAAUUAUAUAAAAUCGAAUGUGUUGAACAUACAAAACAUUUUCUACAAGUAAAAGAUCGUUUAGAUAAUCCGUUAUCAUCACCCAAUGAUAAUUCACCAGAGAAAAUUAAAUAUUCAUUAAUUUCUAUUGACCCAGCAAAACCAAUUGAUAAUCGUCAACAAGAUUUACUUCGACGUUGUGCAUCAUUGAUGUUACCGCCGCCUGCAAUUGUACGAAAAAUAACUAUACCAGAAAUUGAAGUCACUACAGAUCGCUUCUUAUCGGAUGAUUAUGGAACAGUUCAUUCAUUGCUUAAAUCAACAUCGACAUACUCAUUCAACACUCAACCAUUACAUAUGAACACAGCAAAUAUGAUCAAUUCGUUUAUUAAAGCAUCUUCUAGUAGUUCUGAUCUUUCGAAAUUCGCACAUUUGGAUCCAUCUUAUUCAAUUUCAUCGUUCAGCCAAGCUCGUGGUUUAGCUGGUUCGAUAUCUCCGAGUAUGCCGAAAUCUCGUUCAAUGGAAAGCUUAAUGAAUACAUCCGGUAUGGCAUUGAAAUACAUUUCAUCAAUUGAAGAAGUUCGAAUAUCACCUGUUGUAUCACGACGUGGCUAUUUAAAUUUCUUGGAAGAAAAAGGAACUGGUUGGAUAAAAAGAUUCGUCGUUGUACGACGUCCGUUUGCAUUUAUAUAUGAUCACGAAAAAGAUCCCGUUGAACGGGCACUAAUUAAUUUAGCUAUUGCUCGCAUCGAAUAUAAUGAUGAAGAUAUAGCCAGUGGAACACGAAGUGCACGUAACACAUUUUCAGUUGUAUCAAAAUAUCGCGGUUUUCUUAUUCAACCGUUAGCUGAAAAAGAUGUUCACGAUUGGCUCUAUGCAUUUAACCCGUUACUUGCCGGGCAAAUAAAGUCACGUUUAUCCGGUCGAUCAAAAGUAAUGAAUGAAUAA